GCUACUGCACUCCUAUCAGUUACACACUAGCAGACGAGCACUACUUUACUAAACUAUAAACUAACUAAGCCUGUCAGUGCAAAAUAGCAGAUCUAAACCUCCGCACAAGCAGAACAACCUUUUCCUCGUUCGCCAUCGAGGUAUACAACACAAUAAGGAGAACGGAACUCGCAUAUAUUAUUCGUCACGCUACAAAAGAUUGUGUAAUGUCAUACUAUUAUCAAAGGCGCGCUGCACUAUGCCAUCAGUUUUGAAUUAAAACCGUGUGUACACCUUAUAAUAUCGACCGACAAAAGUGUGCGCCUUCGUGCAAUUUUCUCCUGUUGUCAGUCACACUUCAAGCAGUAGUCAUCACAUUUGCAUCAGGAGUAGAAGAAGUUAUACGUCUAGUCAGAUGCAAGUAUGCAGCAGGAUACGAGCUUUUAUCACUGAAAACUAACAUAAGCGGAUGGGGUUCUUUCUUGUUUACUACUGCUAGAAGUGCCUUUUCCUGUUUAUUUCACUGAUAUCUGCCUUUGAAGAACAAGAAAAAAUGAGUGACGGAGUUAGAUAUCGGCAUCACCUUGCUCAGAGGCCACCUGAAGAGCCUUUUUUCAAAUCAAGGGUGAUACUGAAGCCUAAGAUUGACCCACAAAGUGGAACACAGCAUUUGCUCUUUGCUCUUACUUUUAUUCUGUCAGUUUCGUUGACUGUCAUUGUUUUGGAAAAAAUAUUGCCAGAGCCACAACUUAUCGACACUGAAAGAUUCCAUCCUGAAAGAUUCAUAGCUGAAAGAGCAAGAGCUCAUGUUCACAAUUUAACUUCCCUUGGCCCAAGAGUAGCCGGGAGUUAUGAGAAUGAAGUAUUAGCUGUUAAAUUUUUGACUGAUACUAUAAACAGUAUUAUAAAAGACACAAAUCCAAAUCAUAAAAUUCAAAUGGAUGUGACAAGACACAGUGGCAGCUUUUCUCUUACCUUCCUUGAUGGUAUGACUCAUAUUUACAAAGGAGUACAAAAUGUUAUAGUCAGACUUGGUCCAAACCAACCAUCAAAGCACAGUCUUUUACUCAACUGUCAUUUUGAUAGUUUUGUAGAAAGCCCAGGUGGUUCAGAUGAUGCAGCAGGCUGUGCUGUAAUGUUAGAAGUCCUUAGAGUUAUGUCUCGAAGUACCAAAUAUCUUAGACAUAACAUAAUAUUUCUAUUUAAUGGGGCAGAAGAGAAUAUACUCCAAGCUUCGCAUGGAUUCAUAACACAACAUCCAUGGGCUAAGGAAGUUAGAGCUUUCAUUAACUUGGAAGCCUGUGGAGCUGGUGGACGUGAAUUAUUGUUUCAAGCUGGUCCAGGUAAUCCAUGGAUUCUUGAGGUUUAUUCACAAUCUGUGCCAUAUCCUUAUGCCUCGUCACUAGCACAAGAAAUAUUUCAAAGUGGCAUUGUACCUGGCGAAACGGAUUUUCGCAUAUUUAGAGAUUUCGGCAAAGUUUCUGGGUUAGAUUUUGCUUGGUCAACGAAUGGAUAUGUUUAUCACACAAAAUUUGAUUCUAUUGAUCAAAUACCUCUUGGUUCAUUGCAAAGAACUGGAGAUAAUAUUUUAGCCCUUUCACUUGGUAUAGUGUCUGGGCACUAUCUGGCUGAUGAGAGUCUACAAUCUUCAGAAGGCUCACUUGUAUUCUUCGAUUUUCUUGGUGCAUUUGUCAUACGAUGGCCAGAAUACAUGGCUAAAUUUGUCAAUGUAGCUGGAUUAGGAAUAGGAUUGUAUUCUAUUUAUUUGAAUAUGCACAGUGCAAGAAGAGAAAUUAAAAGAACAACAUACAUUAAGCAAAUUAUGCUAUGUAUCGUGACUGUGAUAUGCUCCUGGAUUAUAUCAAUGAUCUCAGUUACUGUUAUUGCUCUGUUGCUUACUAAACUCGGUAAAGUGAUGAGUUGGUAUGCUCGACCAGCAUGGCUGUUUUUCCUUUAUGUUUGUCCAACUGUCGCUAUUUCUAUGACUUUCUUCCUUUUUAUGGGUGCCCGUCAAAAGAAGGAUGUCAGUUCUUCUUGGAUUCUGUAUCAGUUAUACUUUGACGCUUACAGCGUGUUUUGGAUGUCUGUUUUGUUUCUUUGUGUUUUACUGGACAUUAGAUCUGGUUUCAUACCGUUGCAUUGGGUACUAUUUCUUUCGAUUGGCAAUAUCAUACGUCAAAAUUUCUUCAAUAAGUGGAGAGAUUGGAAAUGGCUAUGUUAUCACAUGGGUACCUUGAGUCUACCUUAUAUACAAUCGUUUUAUUUAUCUAUUGGUGCUCUCUAUCUAUUUAUUCCUUUGAUGGGCCGAGCUGGGGCCAGUAUCAACUCUGAAGUUGUUAUGGCUAAUAUGUUGUCAAUUCUGUUUUGUCUUCUACUCAGUUUUACGAUGCCCAUCGUUGUACUAGUGAAAGAUGCAGGAAGAGUCUUAAGCGUAUUGAUUGGAGUAUUCCUAAUAGCAACCGGUGUUUUAAUUUUAACACCUCUUGGGUUCCCUUACAGUGGAGAUCCUCUUUCUCCAGCUCCAGAAAGAUUCAUGAUUGCGCACACCCAACGUCAGUCGUACAAUUUGGACGGUACCUUACGCCUUUCCAGCACUGGUUACUGGAUAGUUAAUUUAGAUAUGAAUAGCCCUCAUAGUGUAGAAGCUAUGGUUCCUGAAGUAGGUGCUGCAGUAUCAACUGUUGAAGAUUGUAAAAAAGAAUUGUACUGUGGAUUGCCCUAUUUGUUACCAGUUACUACUUUUCUAUGGAAAACGAGUUGGAUCCCAGGACCUGCUCCAUUGAUCACUAUUCCAACUACAUUAGACUUAAUAAGAAAGUCAUCCAGAGGAAACAUGAUUAGUUUUUCAUUUAACAUUACUGGUCCCGAUCACAUUGGAAUCAUGCUAUCUCCUUACAAAGGGUUGCACUUGAAAGGUUGGAAUAUAUUGGACGAGAAACCUUUACAAGGACCUGAUUGGAAUAAUAGAGAGACUUAUUUUGUAUACUAUUCUUGUGUCAAAGAUUGUGAACCUCUUAAUUUUUCUGUGGAUAUAGAAACACCUCGAGAUUACAAAGGUCCAAGCUUGUCCAUCGCUUUAGCCGGCCACUUUUUACAUGGCGAAAAUCAACGUUCAUUAAGAUUUAAAGGAUUUUUAUCUCAAUUUCCAUCAUGGUCUGUAGUAACUCCAUGGACUGCGAGUUAUACAUCAUGGGAAUUUUAAAAAAGUCUUUAUUUAUAUAUUACUAUACAUUUCUAGCAAAUUUAAUUUGCUGAGUAAGAAAAUUGCUUGGUAAACAAGUAAGUUAAGGUUAUAAAUAAAUGAUUUAUAUUCAAAGGUAAAUUUUAUAGGGCGAAGGAUUUACGAAAAAAGCGUAAAACUAUAAAUAAUUUAAAAUCAAUUUAAAUUUUGAAUAUUCUGUUACUAAUAGGUUUACUGUGGUAUUGUUUUUAUACAUUCUUCACUGAACUGUAUAAUGAUAUAAAUAACAAAAAAAUAAUAGGAAUAUUCUAUUGCAAAAAUAAAUGUAAUCCUAGUAUUUUAUAAUAUUGAAAUAAUAUCACAGUGAACCUAAACAAUUUUUCAAAAAGAUCGAAUUUCUAUCAAUUGAAAUAUUUUGUUAUUUUCAUGGUUUGGAUAAAUUGACCGUUACAUGUUUAUAUUAGUAGAAAAUUUAGUGUCCCAUGCAAAAGUAUUGUAUUUUGUCUGUACCAAAAAGAAAAAUACGAUACUUGCACUCGCGUAUAUCGUCAUGAUUAAUCUUCUCUAUAAAAAUAAGUGAUAGAAAAAGUAACACCAAUUAAAUAAUAUAGAUUGAUUUAGCGAUAAUUCAGAUCGAACGUAAUAUCGAUGAGUAAAUGUACAUGAGUGAUACAAUGGACAUUAAUGUUUAUCAGCAACAAAACAGUGCCAUUAUUUUAUAUAGAAGUCGAUUCAAAAUAUAAACAUAAAAAUAGGACGAGCAUUGAAGAUCAUCAUCUAAAUCAAAAUCAACGACAUUCAUACUUUAAAUAAACUUUAAUACUUCAAAAUAUUAUUAAUUACCGAGAGGUAGGAACAUUGAGGUAAUCUAAUAGAUAUGCCAAAGUAUAGCAUAAUAAACGCAGCUAUUUGAUUUUCUUAAAAUAUUGAAGUGUUCAAACCAUUAAAAAUAGAAUGCACAAUAAAUUUUGGACUCCCUUUAAAUAUCUAAAUAAUCAUAAGUACAUAGGGAACCUAAAUUAACACAGUUUGUGUAUUUUGUAUAGUUUCAUUAGUAUAACUAAAAGUAAAUAAUUUGUAUUGUCAAUAUAAUAAUAAUACUGAAUAUUUAAUCUCUUUUCAAUUAGUAUUGAUUAUUUAUAAUCAGUAUGGAGACUCUCUAUGUAUAAUAAGUAAUGAAAAGAAGUCGACUUUAUCCAUAACAGAAAAACCAAAACGUAUACAAUAGGUAGUGAAUAAUUGUUCAUUAACACCUAUAUGCACACAGUUAGUAAUUUGUUUAAAUUUUUCUUUUCUAUUAAUUUUGGGCAAUUGUAUGGAAAUCAUUAAUAACAAUGCAAUUCCAUAAAAAAUAACGAUACCUAUAUAAUGAUAAAUUUAAUUAAGCGAUUCAAGGAGUGAGACUACUGAAAGUGGUUUUUAUAUAUAAUAUAUUACCGAGCAUAAUAAGAAAAGCUUAAUAUAUAGUAAAAUUUUCUAGAAUCAAAUUAAAAGUUAACGUUGAUGAGCUACAUGAAUGGCCUAGAUAACUUUGACUUUUCGAAAUAUUUAUAGAGCGUUAACGAUAAAAUCGCUUUUAAUGCGAAAAGCUUGUGAUAAUUACGUAAAAAAGAAAUAUACAGUGAAAUGCAACAACGUAGGUGCUUUUCUUACAUACAAUUAUUCAAAGAUGCAUUUGAUAACCAUUACAAAUCAUCGAAGCACAACUAGUAAUGUAAUUCAAACAAUUUUAUAAAAUGAACAUCGAUUGUAAUAUUCUAUUUAAUUCUAUAUACUUAAUGUAUAAGUCCUUGAGUUCGCUUUUUAUAACGUAAAAAAUUGUGUGAUUCUGCGAAAAAAAAUUCUUUUUACAAAUUGGACAGAAGAUAAUUUAUAGUAGAUUUUGUUAUGUUGACACCAUGUUUAUUGUGUUUCAGUAUAAGGCUGCUUUUGUACCUUUCUGUACCUGCAAUAGCUCUUGCAAUCCAUGAGUUCGAUAUAAAGGCAUAAUGCAUCUUUUUGCUCACAAACAAUUAUUACCUUUAAAGAACGUUGAAAAUUUGACAGUUUUACUUCGAAAUAUCUAUGAAACGUACACACACGCUUAAGUAGUUGUAAACUGUCAUCUUAGAUUUAAGUUGUGAUUCCUUGUGAUAACACAUAUACGUAAUCAUUUGUUUCAUCACUGUGAAUGUUUUUAUUAUAGUCUAUACGUUAUAUAUUUAUGUUUUUUGUACCUCGAGCUUCUGUUUAAAAUAUUGCGCAUCUAUAAGAUCGUUGAGCAAGUUUCGUUUUUACGGUGUAACGGUUUACGUUGAAUAAAAUUCAUUAGUUGCAUUAAAUCAA